UUUAUCAAAGACCCUAGCCGAGAAGACAGCAUGGGCCUUAGCCAUGGAUCGAGGUGUGAACAUGGUUUCCAUAAACGGAGGGUUCCUGAUGGCUUCUCCUCACCUAACAAUCAAAAACCCAUAUUUGAAAGGAGCAGCUGAGAUGUACGAAGAUGGUGUAUUUGUUACUGUGGAUCUCAACUUCAUUAUGGACUCUCACAUCUGCAUCUUUGAAAAUGUCUCAUCUUAUGGCCGAUAUCUCUGCUUCAACCAUGUCAUCAGUUGCAACAAAGAUGCCACUAAGCUUGCUCACAUAUUAUUGCCACCCUCUGAAGCCUGUUCUCCUGAAAGAUUGGAGGACACAAGAGUGUACCAGCAAAGAAUAAGCAACAGGAAACUAAACAAAUUGAUGGUGGAUUUUGAAAGUUGACCUCGGGAAGAUUGAUUUGCAGCUUCAACAAGCAGAGACCAUCUCUUUCUUUCUUUCUUUUUUUGGGUAUGCUGAGGUUUCUUUUAAUUUUGGUAUAAUUUCGUUACUAAAAGGUGAAAAAUUAGCUUUUUUAUUUUUUA